GCCGUGCAGGUCGCACCGUCCAAGGCUACGUUUCCAAAGCCGCCUCCGCCAAAGAAGGCGGCCAGCUUUUAUGUCCCCCCACCAGUGCCGCCGCCAAAGGCUCCGCCUGUGCCACCGAAGCAGGUGGCAUCGGCGGAGAUGCUGCGACCUCCGCCCAGAAAGGAGGCCGUGGCACCUCCCAAGGCAGCAUCUUCCUGCUCUGUGUGGGGCGACCUGGACGACUUGCGCCCUGUAAGAGGAAACGCAGAUCAGCAAUUCCCUGACAUCUCCUCGGGCCCACAAUCGAAGAAGGAGAAGCAGAAAACUGCGGCCAAGAACCUUGUGGAGCCUGUUGCCAAGCAUCCAGUCCAGGCCAUGCACAAGUUUGGACAUGCACAGAGAGCCGCUCCGACCUUCAACCUGCAGGACCUGAUGAAGCCAUCGAAGAAGGGCCGAUCGGCCAAGAUUUUCUCGGGGAAGGCCGCACUUCCUCAGCAGACUGGAGCAUUCGUUGAAGAAGGGGCAGGCGACCCCGAGCUUGAUGCCGAGCCGGCCGAGCCCGUGCAGAAGCCACCGUCUCCUAAGUUGACACCGAACGGGAUCCUCCAGCGUGCCCCGCGCGAGAAGCGCGACGAUGGCAGCCGCCGCGUGCGAGAUCCCAAGGGAGAGGACACGGAGGAUGUUGAAGUGACAAUCCAGACGCAAAUGAAGAUCGAUCCGCAGAAGCCGCUGCGCAUCCUUCAGAAGUCGGCAGAAGAGAAGGCCAAGGAGCAGGAGGCUCAUGCACCCCGAGUGGAGCCGCGGACAGAGGCUUCCAACAAGGGUGUAAGCAAAGGCGAAGGCAAACAAGGCAAAGGCUCCGGCAAGUCUAAGGACAAGGGCAAAAGCAAGGGCAAGGGGCGUGGUCCUCGUGUUUACGGCGAGGACUCUGAUGCCGAGUGGAGCGUGGCCUCGUCGCAUUCCUCAGAGGAGAAGGAGAGCCCGGUGAACGAGAGCUCCCCGGUCGUCGUCUCCUCCGAGGAGGAGGACUCCAGGGCUUCAAAGCCGGCGCACCAGGAGAAAGGCCAUGGCAAGGAUGCCAAGGGCAAGGGCAAAGGCAAAGCUAAGGGCAAGGACAAGAAAGGCGGAAAGAAAGGAUGGAUUGUCAAGACAAAGUCCAGCGAUUCUGACGAGGAUGAUGAGGAGGUGCAUGAGACGCCUGCCGCACAUGAGACACCAGCGCUGCCCGAGACGGGCAAGCAACAAUUCGAGAAGCGACAGAGGAACCUCAAGAGUGUCCUUGAGUCUCGAGCUGCCACGCGAGCAGAGGCUGAGCGACAGAGAAAGAUGCUGCGCGAGAAGGCAGCCGGCGCAGAGGUGCAGCCGGUGAAGGUGGAGGAAAAUUCUCCAACGUCACCGGUGGACACCGAGCAAAAGCAGGAGGAGGAGGAGGAGGAGCCGCCUGUCGUCCCACAGUCUAGCAUCCUUAGUGAGGAGGCUAUGGGCCGCUUGAAUCCCGUCGCGGACACGGGCCUUGCUUUGGGCAUUGGCAUGGUCUGUGUGCAGGGUGAGGAGAAGCAGGUAGAUUCCGACGAGCUCCUGGAUUUUGAAACAGUGAAGAAUAAGACCGAAAAGAAGGCAGAGAUGCGUGAGCAGCGUCGGGUUCAGGAGGAGCAAGCCACACGAGCUGCUAUCCGACGUGAAGCCCAGCGCCAGCGAGAUAUGCGUGCCAAGGAAGCGCAGGAAGCUAAGGCUAGCCAAAUGGCUCAGACUGCGGAGCCUCGACAGGCACCACGGCAGCAGACGAUCAAGCUUGCCGAUCUCAGGCGCAACGUGGGCAAAGAGCGAAUGGAGUCGGAAUCGGCCGAAGCUGCCCAAGAAGAGCUGGCGGCUCACGUCGAGGUUCCGCGCCGUCAGGCGAUGAAGCUCUCCGACCUGAGGUACAACGUUCCGGAGGACCAGCCGCUGAAUGCAGAGUUCCGCUGCAAGCAAAAGAUCAACAGUGGCGAGCUUCGGAUAGGUAUUGAAGCUCCCGAGAACGACCACCGCGGCAGCCAGCUUGGCUGGUACCAUCCGAGCUGCCUCUGGAAGACCUUCAAAUACAAAUCCAAUGCCAACAAGGAGAUCACAUCAACCGGAGACAUCCAUGGAUUUCAGAAGCUGAAAGCAGACGAUCAAGCCAAGAUAAAGAUGCUGCUGGAAGGGAGGCAAUCGGAUGAGCCCCGAGUCGCGGCCUUGGCCCCUGCUGCUUCCGCUGCCUUGCGCCGAAAGGUGAUUUCGAAAAUAGAAGGGAACCAGAUGACCCUUACAGGUGCUACCUUCCAUUUCAAAGAGGACUUGAAGAAGUUUGGUGCAAAAUUCGAUGGUGAGACCAAAGCCUGGGUCAUCACAAAACAGGAAAACGAUUCUUUCGACGAUGUCUUGAAGUUUUUGGCUGGAGACGGCCAGGAGAAAAGUGGCGAAGUAGCCGCAAAAGCGGCCAUUGCCUGCUGGUGCCCGGCGACGUGCCCCAAAAAUCUCGCCGAACAAGUUUCCAACCAAGAGCUUCCAUCUGAAGAUCUUUACGUCUAUGCUGAUGGCCAAGCUGCUGUUAUCGGACUCGAGAAUGUUGAGGUGCCUCCGGUGCCCCCGCGGCAAGAGACGUGGACCACUGGAGAGGUGUUGCCGUACCCGAAGUGCGCGCCACCACCCUACCGCCCGCCUGAUGUGCGUGAGCAGGUGCGGAAAAUCUUGAUGGCUGAGAGGAGAGCAUUCAGCGCAGGCGAGGCCAACAGAAACCCUUUGGUGACGGCCCCGCCGAUGCCGACGACCCAUGUAGCGCCCGUUCCUCCGCCCGCCCCAAUGCCGCGGGCACCCUCGGCCCCCUCGGUCCCUCCGGCGCGACGCAUGGAAGGCAAGGGAGUCGGCAAGCCAUUCGGAGAUGCCGACGCACAAUGUCAGAAGUCUAACCGCAUCCAUGUGCUGAAAUCACAGCUUCUUCAUGUCAGCUUCUCGCGGAUGAAUCCUGUGCUGCGCCGACUCCUACAAAGGCCUGCUGGAGGGCCUUUCGGUGCCAUGCAUGGCGGCCAACCUCCCUGGGGCUGGGAUCGCAGUGGAGGUCAGUGGGGCUAUGCGCCGAUGCAGGUCAUGCAAGAGACCCCGGCGGGGUCCUCUGGCUGGAAUUCGUUUGCUCCCUCUGCUCCCGCCAUGUGGGGAGUUCCCGAGGCUCCAGCGAUGUGGCACACGAAUGACCAGCAGGGCUUGCAUCUGCAAGCAACAAUGCAUCCUUAUCCCCAAGGCGGAAGCCUUGAGAGAUAUGGUGAGACGUCGGGGUCUCUGAUUCCACGCCUGACCCGCGAGGCGGUGGUAGACAUGCCAAUGCCCAGGGAGGAGAUUCCCGGACAGCACUCGGAGUGGCAAACGGCAGGGACGACAGCUUUGCUUUCGCGGCCUUUACCUCUACACGCAGUCGGCAGAGACGGCCCAGCAGGUGGCAAAGGUGGGUUGUUUCGACGCCCAUCGGCAGAAAGGCCCAAGGACGAGCAGGCUGGAAUGGGUGGGGCCAGCUCGCUGCCACGCCAGCAGGCCUUACAUCGCAAAAUGCGCAACAUCCAGCUGAACAAGGAGUUGCUGGGCUGUGACAGCCCCGAGAAGAUCCUGAAGAUCUGCGACGAGAGCUUAGACGAGUUCAACCAGGUCAAUGUGGUGACGGCCUUGCAUCGCAUCGCCAAGCACCACAACAAGGGCUCCGGUGGGGAAGCCAAGGGAAGCUGGGAGACCUGGUCGCCGGAGGAUUGGAAGAAGCCCGAUUACUGCCCAGAAUGGGCCUGGGCGGAGGAGGAAGCUCCGCACGCCAAGGGAGCCGAGGAGAGAAGGAGGGAGAUCAUGGCGGCGGCGAACGAAUGGAGGAACCGUAAGGCUUCCGCCAAGGGCAGCAAAAGCAGCCCAAAGGGAAAAGGAGAAGCCAAAGGAAAGGCGGAGAGCAAAGGAAAAGCCCAAGGCAAAGGCAAGGGCGAUAGCAAAGGCAAGUCCGAUGCAAAAGGCAAAGCAGAUGGCAGAGGCAAAGGCGACAAGGGAGGAAAGUCCAAGGGCGCGAAGGGCCAGUCGAAAGGUGCCCGGCUUCGAAUCUUUGAGACAUCAUGGAUUGUCCAGUUGCGAUGGGUGUACCACGGGCGGACCGGUUCCACUGCAGAUUCCUUCGCUCCGGAUGAAGGGGCGUGGACCGUGGGAAGAGGAUACAAGAAUACACUCCUCAGAUACUCCUCAGAUGUGAAGUAUGUCAAUGUGAAAGGGCACCUUGCACCAUGUUCCUUCUUCGUUCUUUCUUCCCUACGGUCCAUGCUGUGUACUAUCAACAUUGGAUGGAGCAAUGAGAGAGAAAACUGCGCAGAAGAAAAGCCGUUCACGGUGAGUGGGCGCGAACUGAAACAUGUGAGCUCAUGUGUGGCUCGACUGGAGCAUGUGCCCGUGCUUUCGGCUCCAGAUGGUGGGCCACGAAGCGCGGUCGGCACGGUCUUCGCAGGUGCGCAAAGCCGCGGCGGCAUGGCUUUGGCUCCCGCCAGGCACUUUAACUGGACGCUUAGCCCCGCCUAG